AUGAUGCCACUUGUGACCCACGUGCUAGCCUUUGGUGUGUGGCUGGUGGCCCAGAGCCAGGCUACACCAAGUGCCCCCACAAUCUCCAUCUUCCUGAAGCCUCCUGGGGUGAUCCCACCAGGAGGCUCCACCACCAUCUGCUGCAGUUGCCAGCGUGACAGUGGGAACUUCGUGCUGUACAAGAAUGGCCACCAGCUCCGUACCCUGGAACUGUGUGGCAGCAGGGCCGAGUUCUCCAUCUCUAAUGCCAUCCAAGAGGACACAGGUGCCUACAACUGCCAUUACCUGGAUGGAAGCACUGUGCUGGCUCACAGUGAAACCCUGGAUGUCAUGGUGCAAGAGUUCCGUCUCCCCAAACCUGUCCUCUCUAUCCUGCCUGGGCAUGAGGUGGCUGCGGGAGCUUACGUGAUUUUCUGUUGCACCAUCGCACACUCCAGUGCUGGCUGUUUCCUGUUGCUGGAGGGCCAGGACAAAGUCCUCAACUUACUCCCAAAGGAACAAGACAAUUUCAACAUCUCCCAUGUGCAUAAAGGCAACGGAGGCCACUACAGCUGCCAGUGUUCCACCAAGGGUGCUUCAUUGCAAUGGUCUGCUGUCAAUUACACCUGGAGCAACGCGGUUCGCCUGGCCCUGGGGGCCGGGGUCCUGGUCCUGCUGGGGCUGAUCGUGGCUGAGGCCGUGCGCAGCCACCGGCACGGGCCGGGGAGGCUGGGGCCUCGCUAG